AGUACAUCAUUGCCACUAUUCAGACUUCCCCUCGUCCAGCCCGUGGAGGGAAGUUGUUGCUCUGUUCUACAUCACAGUUCGCGACCGAUCGACGAUGAGCGCGCGCCCCGUAUCUUAUCUGCCUCGCGGUCUGCUCUGUUGAUAACAUUGACCCGUUCCCUGGAGAUCCGCCGCGUCUUGCCAUGCCGUGUCUGAUCUCUCGCUCAACAACCUCAGUAUCGCCGUCGUCGUGGAGCUCUGAGGAGGCUCCGUCUCAGCAGCGGUGAUGCUCUCGUCCUUGCUACGGCCCAAGAGAGGGCGUCGACGCGUCGAACAUUCGCCCUUCUCGUCGCCAUACGCCGAUCAAUCAUCCCCUCUCCUGGGGCGCCAGCAGCGUUUGAACCCGCGCCAUGCUACCGCAGACUUUACCGAGACCGACGCCGACGAUUCAAACACGGAGGACGAUGAGGAUAGUCAAGAGGCUGGUGAAGGGGAGGAGGAUGAAGAGGAUCAGGAGGACGUAGACGACGAGGCUGGCGACGAGGACGGACACGAAGAUCCACAUCUGCUUCCCAUCUUCUCUGCAGCACAUCUUGAUGCGCUGCCUGUAUACAACCUCACGCAUGCCAUUCGUUUGAUCGUCCUCCCGCGAACAGAGACAACCUUGACCUGGGAUCAACUCCGAUCCCCUCAGGUCUCCCAGUUCCUGGUCAAGCCAAUGCAACAACAAAUACGGGGUUCCCACUUCUCGCGCGCAACCCUGUAUGCCCUCAUGGCAAACUGUCUACAAUUCCAGAAGGAAAGCCAGGUAAACCCGGGGAAUGCUGGGAACAGCCGGACAAGAGCCAUGGUGUGCGAGUUGCUCGCGAUCAAGCUGUUGAAGGAAUACAGUACUCGGGAGCUCAUCGAUGCACUCUCCUAUGGUUUCUUCCCCUUGCAGGGACUCGAUACACCAGGACUGGAUUGGGAACAAAGGAACAGGCCAAAGCCCCCUGCCGCUCGAAUCUCGACUCUGGAAGUAGCUAUAAGAGCAUCGGCAAAACGAUUUCUAGCGCACCCUCUUGUUGUCAAACAACUUGAAGCUAUAUGGGCUGGCACGGUUGUGUUCCACUCAGCAGCUGACAAUCUACACAGACCUCAGGCAGUUCAAUGGAGCCAAGCGCAGAGAUUCCGGCAGACAAAUGAAAGCAGGCAGCAUCUCAAGACGUCAAGCCAGGGUGUAGGAUAUGGAACUAAUACUCCACAACCUCAAUCCUCGCCUGACAAACGGCAUCAACAGCCACCACUUCUGACUAGGAGAACGGUUACGCUCUAUGAUCCAAGGGAUGCCUCCCUGUUCAAGCUGUCCCGAUUGCGGGUCCCACGAUACCGCCAAUUCUUCUCCACGUGUUCAUUGGCCAUUCUUCUCGGCCUUUUCGUCGCUGUACUCGGUGAACGCUCUGUGGAGAUUACCCCAUUAGAGAUCGUGUUUUGGUUCUGGAGCGCUGGCUUUAUGCUGGAUGAGGUCGUUGGAUUCAAUGAGCAGGGCUUCUCGCUGUAUCUCAUGAGCUUCUGGAACAUAUUUGAUCUUGGGAUAUUGCUGCUGCUCGCCAUUUACUACUCCAUGCGGCUAUGCGGACUGUUCCUGUUGGGUGUAGGGAGGGAGGAUUGGAAUAGCAUGGCGUACGACGUCCUGGCAGCAAAUGCCAUACUCCUUUUCCCGCGGUUAUUCAGCGUCCUGGACCACUAUCGAUAUUUUUCUCAGCUGCUGAUUGCUUUCCGGCUGAUGGCCAUUGACCUGGUUGCCGUUUUCGUCUUGAUUCUCAUCGCCUGCAGUGGCUUCUUCGUGGCCUUUACCAUGUCCUUUGGGAGGAACGACUACGAUGCUGCGGGGGUUGCAUACAAAAUAUUCCAGAUCCUGAUGGGUUUCACCCCCGCUGCCUGGGAGGCCUGGGAAACCUAUAAUACGCUUGGCAAAGCUAUCUUGGUCCUUUUCUUGUUCAUCUGCCACUUUCUGGUUGUGACGAUCUUGAUCACAGUCCUCACGAACUCUUUCAUGGCUAUUGUCUCUAAUGCUAAUGAGGAGCAUCAAUUUGUGUUUGCAGUGAACACAAUAUCGAUGGUCAAAAAUGAUGCACUCUUCUCAUACGUAGCACCUACCAACAUCCUCGCAUGGCUUCUGACGCCCCUUCGGUUCUGUCUGCCUUUCCGAACGUUCAUCAAACUCAAUCGAACCGUCAUCAAGGUAACGCAUUUCCCACUCCUAUUCGGUAUCUAUGCCUACGAGAAGAUAUUCCUUGCCCGUUCGGUCUUCGAGCCCACCGAUCUCGUCGACAACAUGGGCCGGGUCCAGAAACGUCUAAUUUCAUUUCAAGAGACUCGACCUGGGCUCUUCAGUCCGAAUUUGCGAAUGCGACAGGACUCCGUGGCCGGUUUUCAGAAGGACCGGGCACUCGAUGAAGUGUUUCGCCUGGCACCUCGCGGCAAUUUUCUACGGGAUGCACGAAAUGCCAUGGGUGAACGCGAGACUCACAACGCUGUCAACAAUUGGAUAGAUCACCAAGGUGGCGGCAUUGCCAGCUCGCUACAUGAACACGAUCCAUCGGUGGUGGAUCGUUUUGAGACAAGAAGGCAAGCCAGAAACGUAUCGAUGUUUGGUCGACGUGGCAUCAGUCGAGAUAUAUCUGGCACUAGAUCAGUUAUGAGUGAUCCCGCUGAUUUCAUGUCUACCAGCGCUUUUCACGAUCCUCUACAGCCGCCAGACAGCGAGUUGCGUCACGUCAGCAACUAUACUGUGGAACAGUCCGAUGCGGAUGGGGAUGAUGAGCUUGUUUCAAAUGAUGAGGAUGAGGGGCAGACGUUGGAUAAACGUACAGGUACAAACCGAAGUCGUGUAUCCGAUUCAGAAAACGAAAAGGAAUCAGAGGAGGAUUGCUUCCAGACACCCACUGCAGUUGGAUCCGGCGGACCGCUAUCUUCCUCCACCACUUCAUCCCCCAAAUUAUUGGCUGCCGAUAACUUCACAUCUCCGAAGCCUUCGCCAUCAAAACAAAAACAUCAUGCUCGCAACAUGUCGACCAACACGAUACUGUAUAACCCAGUUGUAGAUCGUCACUCCUCCUCCGCUUCGCCGCCCAGGUCACGCCCAUUAACAGCUAAACAUCGUUCAACUGCAAACACCGGAACGCAUACGCCGAUGGGCUCGGGCCCGAAAGCUGGCCAUCGAACCCCUCGUCAUUCCAUCUACACAACGACCUCCACGAAGCCGCGGCCAAUCAUGCCCGCGCGGCAGCAGUUCCAUUCGUCUCCCAACGCCAACAUCUUAGAUUCCGCUCACUCGCAACAACUUCCCCAGCGGCCCAUGCGCCACCGCCACUCCUCGCUGGACAUGGGUAUGUCUGAGCUCGGUCUCGACGGCACGGGUCCCGUCAUGGUUCCCAACUCCUUCGCUACGCAGAUGGCGAUGGCGACGGGCGGAUUAAAGAAUCUAAAAGCCAGAGACGAGGAUACCGAGGGCAUGAUGGGUCGUCUGAUGCUCGCGCGGAUGAAAACGCUCGAGGAAGGCUUCGCUGAGAUGGUGAAAGAGCUCCGGGGUAUCCGAACCGCGGGUUAUAGCUCCAAUGAGGGAAUGUCCUCAAAACUGAAAGGAAAAGAGAAAGUUGAAAAGGGAGGAGGCAGAGAAAAAUCAAAGAACGAACCUAAUAAUAUCGCUACCGCUACUAAGGUCCCGGAAACAACUGGAAAGCAAAGAGUGGAAGAAGAAGAAGGUAUUAAUGAUGAUGAUGAUGAAGAAGAGAAAACUCCCGAGACACAUGAUACAGGUCACGAAGGGGAGUGAGUAAUUCGUUUUAGAUCCUUAAUAGAUAGCUUCGUAGCGUGCGUUUGUCUUUUGACUGCUUUUGCUUUUGCUUUUUGGCUUUUGUAAGGUUAUAUACCAUAGCGUAGAUAGAUAGUAGGUUUUUGGUUUUUUUUACUAUAGAGAUUAUAAUUUGGAG